GCCCGGAGGGAAGGUUGGCGCUACGGGGCUUCCGUCUGCUCGGCGGGGCGUAGCCGGCCGUGUCCUUCCGCGCUUGCCGUAGCCCGACAUGGCGGAGUAUUCCUGCGUGAAAUCUACCAAGCUCGUCCUCAAAGGGGCGAAAGAGAAAAGCAAGAAGAAGCACAAGGAGAAGAAAAGGAAAAGGGAAGAGGAUGCAGCAGAGCAACUCGAUAUUGUUGGAAAUUGGUGGGCUAUCAGUAACUUCGGUGAAAUUACAGGAACAAUCGCUAUAGAAAUGGAUAAAGGAGCGUACAUCCAUGCCCUUGACAACGGCUUGUUUACUCUUGGAGCACCACAUAAAGAUGAUGAGGGCCCUAGUCCUCCUGAACAGUUUACAGCAGUGAAGUUGUCUGAUACAAGGAUUGCUCUGAAGUCUGGUUAUGGCAAAUACCUUGGUAUAAAUUCAGAUGGACUUGUUGUUGGACGUUCAGAUGCGAUAGGAUCAAGAGAGCAAUGGGAACCUGUCUUCCAAGAUAAGAAAAUGGCAUUACUAGCAGCAAAUAGCCGUUUUAUUAGAUGUAAUGAAGAGGGAGACAUAGAAGCCAAAAGCAAAACGGCAGGGGAAGAAGAAAUGAUAAAGAUUCGUACUUGUGCUGAAAGAGAAGCUAAGAAGAAAGAUGAUGUUCCACAAGAAGACAAAGGAAAUGUUAAACAGUGUGAAAUCAAUUAUGUAAAGAAAUUCCAAAGCUUUCAAGACAAAAAGCUUAAAAUAAGCAAAGAAGAUACAAAACUCCUUAGAAAAGCCAGGAAAGAAGGCACUUUUCACGAAAUGCUGCUUGACAGGAGGGCAAAAGUGAAAGCAGAUAGAUACUGCAAGUGACAGCCAGCUGGACCAUUUUCUUCUGCAUCUGUGAUGACAGGGUCAAAUUGAAAAGGAGUAAAAUGUUUUGUAAUUAUUUUUUAUUGAAUGUGUUUCGCUGAUGUUUUUAUUAUGUUAUUUUUAAAGGAUCGCCACAGCUAUAAUUAAGCAUCAAACUAAUGUCAUCUUUCAGUAAUAAAUACUAUUAAGUUUACUGUAAAACUAUAUGCUGUUGAAAUAGCGAGAUAAUUAUUUAAUGGAAAAAAAAUUGACCCACUGAAUCUUGUAAGGCUGAUGAAAAGAACCUGAGCUGAGAGAAAGAGCAGAAUAGAAUGAUGAUGAAGUUCAGAAGUAAAAUAUGGGUAACACAUUAAACCAUUAAGAAAUAUGUAAAUGUAUUGAACAAGAAGAAAUAAUUGAAAAUGCUUGUCUUGGAACACAUCCUACCAGAUCCUGAGUAGGAUGUCUGUGGAGCCACUCUACACUGCAUCAUGUGAGGAGUGGACCAGAAUAUUCAGGCUUUGUAAAGCAAUGUUCAAAACUGACUCACUGUUCAGCUUGGUAAGCGGCAUAAUCCAUAUGCUGGAAAAAGUGUUGACAAGUCACAAGAACCCUAUUACAGAUGAAAAUGCAGGUGCUCUAUAAGAAAUGGCUCCUUUGUGUUAACAGGCUGCUGAUUUUACAAGAGGGAAAAAUUGACUUUGCAAACUUGCUGGUUUCUCUACAGCAUGGAUUUUCAUUUGUUUAAGAAAACAGCAGGGACUAUUUUUCAAGGUCAUAGUAUACUACACAUUUCCUAAUACCUCAUACAAAAUUUGUUUAUUCCUGUCUGCUCUGUUUACCAAGAAGCUUUUCAGUAACAUCAUCUCCAUAGGAACUACCUCAGAAUAAUUGCUUACUCUCUCCACAGCUUCUUUAAUCUGCAUCAUAAAGAUUACUUGGUAAGAAAAUUGAGGAUUUUUAUGGUAAUAAUUUGAAUUGUCUCUAUGAAGCUUCUCCUGGCUGUCAGUUUGAACUGCACACAUAGUACAAAACUGUAACCUCAUGCAAGAUAAUGUAUCUAAAAAAGAGCAUAAGAACAGAGCAAUAAAGUCUAGUCGGUAACAGUAA